UGCAUCUGGUGUCUAUUACAUUAUGCCUCAUUCGGGUCCGUGAGAAGUAUAUAAGGUCGACAGCGCGAACUGUAACAUCACUGCAGUUCGACUCAUCUUUUUGAAUCCAUCCUAGCUUCAUCCAACAAAGCUACAAAUGGCAUUCGCCGGUAUUCUGAAUGAUGCUGAUAUCACUGCAGCACUGCAGGCUUGCCAAGCUGCUGACAGUUUCAACCACAAGUCCUUCUUCGAAAAGGUUGGCCUGAGCGGCAAGUCUGCCGAUGACGUCAAGAAGGCCUUUGCUGUCAUUGAUCAGGACAAGAGUGGCUUCAUUGAGGAGGAGGAGCUGAAACUGUUCCUACAGAACUUCUCUGCCGGUGCCAGAGUGCUCACUGACCCGGAGACCAAGACCUUCCUUAAAGCUGGGGACACUGACGGUGACGGCAAGAUUGGAAUUGAUGAGUUCACUGCUUUGGUUAAGUCAUAAAUAAGAACUGACCAACACCUAAUACCUUGAAGGAACAACAUUGCCUAAAACCUCCCCUUUCAUCUACAUAUGAAUAUAAUUAUGAAUUUUUAUACAUUUGUCUGUGAGAUGCCUAUGGUUUCCUCCCAUGCAACACUCUGUCCAAAGUAAAGAUUGUAAAUGUAAUGCGGUUAUGUCCCAUGUCUUAAAUAUGAAUAUUGCUUUCUGUAAAAUCUAUGAUGCACUUUUCAGGAAUGGACAAUAAGAAAAGAACACAUAUUCUUUUCCAAUACAUCGUGUUCCUGUAAUCAUUUUAUUUGUUCAUUCAUGUUAAGAAUCAGUUAUAUAUAAGUAGGUGUUUGAUAUAUAUGUAUCUUUACAUAUGGACAUAUUAUCAGUGUUGUCACCAUGUAACAAAUAAGGGUAAUUAUAUUAAAGAACCAUCUUAUAAGA